AUGGAGGAAGUCCAUGAAAGGUUUCCAAGGCCAUGGCUAAUGGCGGGAGACUUUAAUGUGGUUUCUAAUGCCAGCGAACGUUCUGGCGGGGCCCCACCAAACGAGCGUAAUAUGGAUGAACUUAACGAGGCCACUUUCUCUUGCUGGCUUGCGGAUGUGGGCUUUGAUGGCCCCCUGUUCACCUGGACCAAUGGUACGGUUUGGCAGCAUUUGGACCGGGCUAUUGCGAACACAGCUUGGAUGGACACGUUUGAUGUGAUGAAAGUGUCCCACCUGGUACGGGAUAGAUCUGACCAUGCUCCUCUCUUGGUCAAAUGUGGCUUGCACAAGGCGCAUAGUUCAUUUUUCCGCUUCCUUAAUGUCUGGACCAAGCAUUCGAGCUUCAUGGGAGUGGUACGGGAUGCUUGGCAAGCACCUGUUCACGCUGGGGGUAUGCUUGGCUUCUACCAAUGGCUGUCAAAUGUUAAGUGUAAACUCCGCAGCUGGAGCAGGCAGACAUUUGGUGAUAUCUUUCAGGCAGUACAAGUGGCUGAGGAGAACUUGCGGUAUCAUCAGGAGGGCGAUGCCAAUACCAAGUUCUUUCACUUGAUCGUGAAGCAGCGAAGGAAUGCCAAUUUCAUCUCAAGGGUGAGGGACGAUGCGGGUCGCAGGCUAGAAGAUGAGGAAGCGAUCAGAGACUUGGCAGUGCAAUACUUUGAGAAGCUGCUCACGUCGGACCGAGAGGGCCGAGUUACCCCAAGCUUGGACUUCCCACUCCCCUCACUGACAGAUAAGGACAAUAGGAUGUUCCAGCAGCAGCCAUCCCUACAGGAGGUAAAAGAGGUAGUUUUUUCGAUGUCCAAAGAUAGUGCGCCUAGGCCGGACGGAUUCGGGGCAGGUUUCUACCAAGAAUGCUGGCCAAUAGUCCAACAUGAGCUUCUCGAAGCAGUUCAGGAGUUUUUCAAGGGGGCCCCUCAAUCCAGAGGCUUCUCUAGUAGAUUGAUUGUGUUAAUCCCAAAGGUAUCGGGGGCGUCCAAAUGGCAGGAGUUCAGACCGAUCAGUUUGUGUAACCAAAGCUCCAAGAUUAUCUCCAAGGUGCUGACAAACCGACUCAACCUCCUGCUCCCCAAAAUUAUCUCUCCAUGGCAAUCAGGUUUUGUCCCAGGCAGGAGUAUUGCUGACAACAUCCUCGUGGCACAGGAGCUGGCACUGUAUAUUGAUAGAAAGUUGCGAUGCCCGAACCUGAUGCUGAAACUAGAUAUGGAGAAGGUGUACGACAGGCAACAGUUCCUGCCGUUCAUGUAUCUGGGGGCCCCAGUCUUCAAGGGAAGAACGACGUGCGUCUUGUUUGACUCCCUUGUGGCUAAGGUGCAGGCCCGCCUAUCCCAUUGGAGCUCGCAGUUACUCUCAUCAGGAGGUUGUGUAAUGAUUUUCUCUGGGAUAAGCCCGCUGGAUCGAGGGGCAUCCACUGGACUUCUUGGGGAAAGAUCUGCUACCCGGUGUUUGAGGGUGGAUUGGGUUUCCGCUCCUUUGAUGACAUGA